GGGGCGGCGCUGAGCGCUCAGUCCGCCGGGGCGGCCGGCGAGAGCGCGCGUGUGAUGCGCUGCCGCUGAGAUGGCCGGCGCUCGGGCGCUCGUGGCCGCCUGCUGCUGCUGGUGGUGGCUGGCCGCCGCAGCCGCCACCGAGCUCGAUCUGCUAGGCGCAUUGUCGCUGCACAACACGUCUCGUGUCGGCGUCACCGCGUCGCCGGGCAUGCAGCCGCAGCGCACUGCCUACACGUUACAAGGUGAUUCCCGAUCGCUGCAGAUAGAGGGCGCUGCAUUCGAGCGCGCCGCGGAGCUGCUGCGGCGCUCGCCAGAGUUCACGGUACUCGCCACCCUUAAACAGGAGCCGGCUAACUCCGGCACCAUACUCUCCUUCUCCCAUGGGUACAACAGGUACCUGGAGGUGCAGUCGAGCGGGCGGCGCGACGAGGUGCGGCUGCACUAUGUGGCGGCGGGCGGGUCUGCGCCGCGCGUGGAGACGUUCCCGUUCCGGCUGGCGGACGGCGCGUGGCACCGGCUGGCGCUGGCCGUGUCGGGCGCGCAGGCCACGCUGCUCGUCGACUGCCACCCGCUCUACCGCCGGCUCAUCCCGCCGCCCGACAGGAACUUCACACAGCCACAGCUCACGCUGUGGGUUGGACAGAGGAAUAGCAAACAUUCGUUAUUUAAGGGUACGCUCCAAGAGGUGAGACUUGUGAGCGGGCCUCACGGCUACUUAGCACAGUGCCCUGGACUGGACUCGGAAUGUCCCACAUGUGGGCAAUUUGCGUUGCUGCAGGCCACUGUUCAAGAACUGACUACACAUAUCCAUGACCUUUCACUUAAGCUUGUGGGGACUGAAGCAAGGCUGGCGCGGUUGGAACAGUGCGACUGUCAAAAGUCGUGUUAUUCCAACGGCACGGUCCACGCAGAUGGCGCCACGUGGCAGAGGGACUGUAACCGGUGCUCCUGCGUGCACGGCGAGAUUACGUGCAGGCCAGUAGAGUGCGACAGGGCGGAGUGCAAGAAUCCAGUAUUACAUCCAGGAGAAUGUUGCCCUACAUGCUUAAGACAGUGCCUGCUGAAGGGCACGCUGUACGAGCACGGCGAGCGGUUCGCGCCCAAGGAGUGCGCGGAGUGCGUGUGCCACGACGGCAACAUGCAGUGCACGCGCGUCGACCCCGAGCUCGCCUGCCCGCCGCUGCCGUGCGACGCGCCCGACCAGUUCACCGUGCCCGGCGAGUGCUGCAAGUUCUGUCCAGGUGUGGACUACUGCAGCAUGGGUCACUCGUGCGACGAGAACGCGACCUGCAUGAACCUCAAUACCAAGUAUACGUGCAAAUGUAACCAGGGCUUCCAGGGAGACGGGCUCACUUGCCAAGAUGUGGACGAAUGUCAGGAAGCAGGCGGGCUGGACGGCCAUCACUGCCACUCGAACACGCGCUGCGUCAACGUCGUGGGCAGCUACGUGUGUCAGUGCCUCGAGGGAUAUACUAGAAGAGACAAAUUCAAUUGUGUUGAGGUGGACGAGUGCGUGGGCGCAUCGCACGGGUGUCACGCGGACGCCGAGUGCACCAACACGCCCGGCUCCUACACCUGCCGCUGCCGCGACGGGUUCCGCGGCGACGGAUACUCCUGCACACCGGUGUGCACGGGCGGGUGCCUGAACGGCGGCGCGUGCGUGUCGCCGGAGCAGUGCGCGUGCGCGCGCGGGUUCACGGGCACGCGGUGCGAGCGCGACGUGGACGAGUGUCGGCCGCACGCCGCGCACGCGACACACGUGGCGCACCCCGCGCACGCCGCACACCCUGUGUGUGCGCCACACGCGCUGUGCGUCAACACGCCCGGCUCCUACUACUGCGUGUGCGCACACGGGUACAGGCGACACCCACUCACCGAUGAAUGCGAAGACGUGGACGAGUGCGUGGAGGGGUUCCACACGUGCCACCCGAGCGCGCGCUGCGUCAACACCGACGGCGGCUUCCGCUGCCAGUGCGACUCCGAGCACUGUGAACUCAGUUGCUGGUGGCAAGGGCGCGCGGUGACGGACGGCGAGUCGUGGUCGGAGGCGGGCGGGUGCCGCGUAUGCGCGUGCGCCGCCGGCGUCGCCACCUGCGCACGCGCCACGUGUCUCUGUGACACACACAAUUACACUACCCCGGUGUCGAGUACAGAGUCGCCGGCGCCGACGGCCAUAGCUCCGGCGGCGUGCUGUCCGCACUGUGAGCCGCGCUUCCACUGCCGCCACCAGGAGAUGCACCACGUCACCUUCCGCAGCGGCGAGCGCUGGCUCUACCAGUGCCAGAUCUGCGAGUGCCUCUUGGGUGAGGUGGACUGUUGGGAGCCGGAGUGCGAGGAGAGCGGGUCGUGCUGCGGCGGCGGAGCGGACGAGGCGGCGGGCGCGGAGGGGCGCGGCGAGGGGCGCGGCGAGGCGGCCGGGGGCAGCUGGCGCGCGCCGCACCGCCUGGAGCUGGCGGGCUGCGCGCCGCCGCACUGCCCCGCGUGCCAAGUAAAUACGCAGCUUACACUCUGUGUCCCCACGCCACACUAACCCGCUCUCGAUCAGUCGGCCCCGAGUCGGCGCCCGCUUGUCCCCGACGAUGACCGCUUGUUGGGCGCGCGCCAUAUGCGACGCGCCGGAGCUUGAGGCGACUAAUCGAUUCGCUUAGAGGUGGUCCGUGUGUGAACGCGUCGUUUCCGCUUGUUGCAGGGCGGGCAGUGUGCUACUUUGGUGAGCAAUCUCGCGUGUUGUGUGCAUCGGUAACCAUCCCCACUCUUCUUAUUCAUUCAUACAUCUGCUCUAUUAACACGUGUUAUUUUGAAUGUUUACGCCUUUGAUUUAAUAACAACCAAAAAAUACAUAUCAUUUUAAGUUUUGAUUCUUUGUCUGCUACUGGCGCCCACCGCGGGACUGAAAUUUAUGAAUAAUUAAAUCAAAGACGUACUUCAUUUUAGAUAUUUUCUGUUGCAUGUCUUAUCAUUUAUCCAUCAUUCAAGCAUGAUUUAAAUUUGAAUUUAAAAUUUGGCAUCUUUACUAUUAGGAACCUUUAGGCUUGGACAAGCAUGCUUUGAAAAGAAAUCAAAUUGCCAAAUUUAAUUUGACAUUUCGCAUACACUUUUAUGUUUUUUUCGUCACGAAUUUCAAUUACUUAGUAAGUUCUAGUUGUAUAUACAUAGCUAUCAGUACUUUAGGAGAUCCAUGAUAAAUGACACUAUCAUACUUGAUGGUACAAAUAAUGUACUUAGAUCUCAUUUAGUUUCUAUUACUAUACAUAUGUGUCUAGUCGUUUUUUCAUUUUUAUCCAAAAAAGAACGGGCGCAUUUUGUGCCGUCUACAAUAUAGUUAAUUAGAAGUAGAAUAAAAGAUAUCGAGCCGUAUAGAGAGUUCGAAUGUGUAUAAAUAACGCUUUAUCGCUACCCGGCGACGACACCUCGUCACGCGCCCGCGCACGAGUGCGGAGGUGUCGCCGCGACAGGGUAGUGCAGUCGGCGCGGUGUGUGUGUAGAGCGGCGGCGCGGCGCUGGGCGACGGCGGCGCUGACGCUGCUGGCGCUGUGGUGGGGCCGGGGCCGCGCCGCGCACCGCAAGCAUCGCGGCGCGCGGCGCUAGAGCCGCCCUGAGCACGACCGACACGCACGCUUAUUUAUUAUAGAUAGACCUAAUGUUAACCAAUUGCGCCGGUGGCGCCGCCCGGGACGGGCCGCUCCGAGCUGGCGCGCCGCACUCGUCCCGGGCUCCCGUUUCCGUUCGCCGACUGUAGAUAGACGCACGCGAGUGCCCGCGAGCUCGGAGCGACGCGCUUUCGGUCCGGCGCGAGUCGGAUCCGGCGUGCGAUGGCGCCGGAUCCGUUGUAUAAAGUGAGAUGUGAUGUGUGUGGAGCGUGAGUGAGUCCCGCGUUCGCGUCGAGUCGAAAGCCCUCGCCGCGUUCGCCGCGCCGGCGCAGCGCCGGUCGCCGGUCCGGCAUCGGACCGACCCGCGCGCCCGCACCGCUGCCACUUCGUGUAAUCUUCGAAUUCUAAAUUUAAACAAUACGUCGAUCGCUUCAAGUUAUUAUCCUAGAAUGUUAACGGUACUAUUUAGCUAUAUUGUUGUGACAUAACGUGUAUAGUGCGGUGCGGCGACGCGGGCGCGGCGGGGAGCGCGGGGCGAGGGCGGGCCGCGUCGGCGCCGGCGGCUUCUUCCAAUUAUAACGUAAUAUUUUAUCGAUAGAGAUAGUGCUGUACAUGAGAGUAGCGUAGUGAGACGGCCCGCCGCGGCCCGCCCGCGCGUACGCGCCAUGUUGUACGAAAUUUUUCAUAAUAUAUUAUAGUUUUUGUUUGUCUUUAUAUAGAAUCGUUUUCUUGUAUAAUUUGAAAGUAACCAAAAAUAGGUACCAAAUAUAGAAAAGAUAUGAUUGUUUCUUAAUUUUCAUAAAGCAUUUUGAUGCUUGCAUGUUGUAUUGUGUUCAAAAAAUUACCAUUAAAAAGAUAUUCCUCA